UGUAAGGCUAAAGACUAGACAGGGUUACAAGGUUUAGCGGUCGAAAUGCCAUUGUGAGUUCCUCUCACCAAGCCAGUACAAUCAGAUAGUACGAAAAGCCACUUUAUUUGGUUUUGAAUUUCAGACCAAAGAGACAAGAACUAAUAAAGGAAGAAAAAUCAAGAUUAAAGGUCCAGACUUUAGGGUUCUUUUGGGUUCUGCUUGUGGUCCUUGUAAGAAAUUCAACUGAUGUUCAUUCAAAACAGCAAAACCGAAGAACUCAGAAGUAAUAAUAAUGGAAGAAUCAGCAGGCGAAGGCCCAAUAGAUAAGUCCAGGGUUUUGAAUGUAAAGCCCUUGCGGACUCUUACUCCAGUAUUCUCUUCACCAUCAAAUUCCAGUUCUUUUUCUCAAGGUUCUGCCCCUUUUGUUUGUGUUCCCCCAGCUGGUCCUUUCCCACCUGGAGUUUCCCCGUUCUUUCCAUUUUCUGGUAUACCUAAUCAAUCUUCCGGUGACCACACCCCAAUAUCAUCAGCGGUUCCUAUCAAUUCGUUUCGGUCACCUGAGCCUCUCAAACGUGCUGCAAAUGGAAAUGCUGGGUCAUCAAGGAGGGUUAAUAGAAACAACAGGGGUGUGGAAGAAGAUGGGUAUAGCGAUGACCAAACUCAGAGUUCGCAGAGUAGAUAUCAGAAGAGGAAAAAAGGCGGCCAUGACAAAUUUGCUUCUCCUGACGUUGACACUGAUGUGAUGGUAGAAAAUAUUUUCCAGUCCUAUAACCUUGUGCCAUUUGAAGCAGCACGACUAUAUGAUGGCGAUAAAGAUUCUGUAGGAUAUGUACUCCUGGUUUUCAAUUUGCUCCGAAGACAAAUAGCACAGCUUGAAGAUACAAAGGAAGCCACAUCGGGGCAAUCAAGGCGCCCUGACUUGAAAACAGGUAAUGUUUUGAUGACCAAAGGAAUUCGGACGAAUGCCAAGAAGAGAGUUGGAGCUGUACCUGGUGUUGAAAUUGGUGAUAUUUUCUUUUUUAGAAUGGAAUUGUGCACAAUUGGACUGCAUGCUCCAAGUAUGGCUGGAAUAGAUUACAUGUCUGUCAGGAUCAGUCAAGAUGAAGAACCAAUAGCUGUUAGCAUUGUUUCAUCAGGAGGAUAUGAAGAUGAUGUUGACGGUGAUGAUGGUUUGAUUUACACUGGCCAAGGUAAGGAAAUGGAUCAAAAGCUUGAAAGGGGUAACCUUGCGCUGGAGAAGAGCUUGCACCGUGGUAAUGACAUUAGAGUAAUCAGGGGUAUAAAGGAUGUGGGAAAUCCGACUGGAAAGGUAUAUAUGUAUGAUGGUUUAUAUAGAAUCCAAGAGUCAUGGUUAGAGAAAGGAAAGUCUGGUUCCAAUGUUUUUAGGUAUAAGUUGGGUAGGUUACCUGGCCAGCCUGAGGCAUACAAAACGUGGAAAAAAAUUCAGCAAUGGAAGGAUGGUACUAUUACUAGGUUCGGGAUUAUACUGCCUGAUCUUACUUCAGGGUGUGAAACUUUACCUGUUUCUCUUGUGAAUGAUGUUGACAAUGAAAAGGGGCCUGCCUAUUUCACUUAUUCUCCAAACCUCAAGUAUUCAAAACCUGCACCAAGGGAUCCUUUUGUUGGCUGUGCUUGCAAUGGUGCAUGUCUCCCAGGAAACGAGAACUGUGAUUGUAUUCAGAAAAAUGGAGGCUAUCUUCCUCACAUUGUGAAUGGGGUUAUUGUGAGCCAAAAAUCUGUGAUAUAUGAGUGUGGUCCUUCCUGUCAGUGCCCUCCAACUUGCCGUAAUCGUGUGUCUCAGGGUGGUUUGAGAGUUCGUUUGGAGGUGUUUAAGACUAAGGACAAAGGUUGGGGUUUAAGAUCCUGGGAUCCCAUACGAGCUGGAGCUUUUAUAUGUGUAUAUGCAGGAGAAGCUGUUGAUGAUUCGAAGGCACAAGAGCUUGCAGGUGAAAAUGAAGAUGAUCACAUCUUUGAUGGUUCCCGCACUUACCAGCCAGUGGAAAUUUUGCCUGGUGAUUCCAAUAAUGCUCCAAACCUCCCAUUUCCUCUUGUAAUAAAUGCCAGAAAUGCUGGGAAUGUAGCUCGUUUUAUAAAUCACAGUUGCUCUCCAAAUCUGUUCUGGCAGCCAGUUUUACGUGGAAAUAGCAAGGAGUUUGAUCUCCAUAUUGCAUUUUAUGCCAUCAGACACAUUCCUCCUAUGACAGAGUUGACAUAUUGUUAUGGGAUGGUACCUCCUGAAAAAGCAGAUUGUGGGAAGAGAAAAUGCUCAUGUGGAUCACCGAAGUGCAGAGGUUUUUUCUAUUGAUAGUCCAUUUACUGGAGUAUUUGGAUAAGGAUGGCCUUGCUAACUCAUGUUUCUGGAAGAAGGUUUGUAUUCCAAUUUGUUAACUCAGUUUUUGCUCGCUCAGGGACAAAUGUUUACAUUAUCUUUGUUUUUUCCAAAUGCUAAUAAAUUUACUGGAUCAGUGCAUAACAAAGUGCUAGAAUGUGGCUGAUUUUUAAAUUGUUUACAAAAUAAAGAUGACUGUUCAUCCCAAGUACACCUCAUUUUCAUGUUUUUUUUUUCAUUCAUCUUAGCAGACAGUUAUAUUACAUACCUGUAAACAUGUUUUCCAACCUGGAUGCUUCGCCCUUCAGAAAUCAUGCAUUUGUUUUAAAUAUGCACUUGAUUAUUAGACCUUGUUUGGAUUUCUUUUGGUAAGAUUCUUUCAAAAUACCCAUAAAGCGAUUUUGUAAUAUGGGAAAGUGGCUUGUAGAACUGUAAGUUCAUUUAUGUGACUAUACUUAAACUACUCAUUUUUUUUUCACUGAAGAUGUCUGAAGCAGGUCUACACAAGGCCAUCCAGGGAGGAUUCUUUUAAUGAUCCUCUCGUCAUCUGUAUUUGUUUGCAAGAAGGGAGAGCACUAGCUUCAUCUUGUGAUGGGUGAUAAACAUCAUAAGCAAAUCAUGCAGAUUUACUGUCAUUCAUAGUAAAAGAAAUCUUAAGAUUUUGGUUUUCCUAGAUCUUUACCAGACCUCUUAUUUAUAGAUUCAUGAUUGGAGAAGAUUGGAUACCGGAUCACACAACUUGUAUGCUCUGGUCUUAUUUAUUUAAUGAUAUUCACUUUUCCACCAUCAGCUAUUUUGCAGUCCAUGGCAAGAAAAAGCUUCAGGAUGUCUCAGCAAAGGCCUGUCUUUUCACCAGCUGUUGGUGGUGUAUGGUUUCUGCUCUGUGCAUGAAUAAAGACCAAUUAUAUCUUCCAUGACUGGAGCAGACAGGCCCAUGAAAGGUUUUCUUUUGUUGUACUAAACUUGUGUUGCUGUAACAUGAAACAAUAGGAUGCAGACUUGUAACUUACUUUAGCUGUUAUCCCUCUGCUUAAUGUUCCUAGAUUAAAGUAGCCCUCGCCUGUUUUAUCUAGUGUGCUCCUUGUAUUCAAUAAUUGAGUGAUGUGCCAAGAAGGUAUCCUAGUUGCACUCUUUUUUUCUGUUAA